AUAAAAGAUCCUUUUACGGCCCCAUCGUUUGCAGACGACAAUGAAGGAGCCGGCGAUUACACUGAUCCCUCUUGAAGGGCAAGAGAGCUUUGUGGAAGGGCACUAUGGCAUUGAGGCAACCACACUCAGAGGAACUAUCCGUAUAUCACAGCCAAACAGAACUCCACUCUCUCUGUAUUCAGCAACGAUUGCUUUUCAUGCAUCUGUAUCGUCAUGGGAAGAGCAUGAUCUUUUGGAGCUCCACAGUUCUAUCCUUCCGGAGGACCACGACGGGAAACUGGAACAGGGCACACAUAUUCUAGAGUGGUCUCUAGACCUCCCGUCUGAACCUCUCCUACCACCCUCUCGAAAAGUGGUUAGCUCAUCUAUGGGGUAUAAUCGAACCAUGUAUAGAGUCAAGUACCGUUUGGUCGCGACUCUGUGCUGGCACGGUAUUAUGGGAAGGGCACGAAAGGAGGCCAUGGUUCCCAUUGAGCCGUUUACUGUUUAUCCCGAUCCAGAUCGGGAUGAGCAACUUGUCAAGAGUAUUCUUUCUCCUGCGGGGUUCAGAUGGGAGGAUAUUACGUCUUUGGUGCAGUAUGAUGUGGCCGUGUCGUCGACCGUCUUGGGACCGGGCGAUAGUUUUGAUUUUGCUUUCAGAGUUGUUCCGAGGGGUCAUGUAUGCGAAAACAUUAAAUUUAAAUUGAUUGAGAUAUGCGACGUUGCCAAAAUCCCGUCGUCCAAUGCUUCCCAGCUGUCCACAGGGGCGACCAAGAGAAAACUUAUCUCUUGGGAUUGGAAAUCCUCUUGCUGGAAUGCUCUUGAGGAUUUCUUUGACAACCAAUGGCACCGAAUGACCGUGCCGUCUCAACCUCGACCGAAUCCCUCUACGAUCGAAUCAGAGUACGCACAAGGAGGUCUACAUGGCACGGUUCGACACCAAAUCAGAAUUGUUAUAGAGUUUGAUGACGCUCCAAGUAUAAAGUUGGAGUGUCCUGUCACCAUCUUGUCUGUCCCGCAAGACAGUGUGCGAAAGGUCCUCGGUGGACAUUCACUCACGCGAGCCUUGUCUUUGGACCGAGGACGCACGGUUCGCAGAGACGACGAAUCAUUGGAAAGAGUUUCCAAAGUGGCCGAAAAUGAGACUGUUCGCAAGGGAUCUACCACUCGCCGACGGAACAGUGCCAGUGAACUGAAACCAACUUUGAGCAUCAAGUCCAUCGGCACCAUAAAGCGCCUCGACACAAGCUCUUUUGCCACACGUCGUGCGGCAACGGUUCCUUCUACCCCUCCUGAGAUAGCUCCCACGCCGCACGUGACGCCAACUGAUUUAGCGACAUCCAUGGCGGCACUUCAGACAACCCUUCUCAAUACUCUUCAACAAAAUCAACAAGUCCUAAUCGACAAACUCACCAUAAUGGAUGUAGAACAAAAGAGGCUUGUCCGCCGCGUCCUAGAACUCGAAGCCUACAUGCGCGAAAACAUGCCGUCAUUGCAAAGAGAAGAAGGUUACGAGAGCGAGAAUCAAUCCACGGUCCAUUCUUCCUCUGGAUUUAGUUUUGUUGUUACAAAUGACCGGGCUGCUCCUGCUGCUGAGGAUCCAGCAAAGAGCAAGCAACCCAAGGGGCUUCGGAGCUUGUUCCAUAGACGAUCGUUUGAUUCUCGCGCAGCUUGGUCAGGAAAGUAGGGUUUAGACUUGUUGACAUUUGUGUAGUUCGUUUCUUGUAUUUUAAAAGGUUGGUGGGAUAUUGGGGUAGAUUUGAGGACGGUAUUUGUGUUUGCGUCAUGUAGAAUAUAUCCAUACAGCAGUUUCAAAUUGGA